AUGUCAAAUUUUUUAUUAUCUUUAUCCACUUCCAAUCCUUCAUUAUCCCAUUUAUUAUUAACAAAUAAUACUUCUAAAUCAACAACAAUUCCAAUUAAUCAACCCGAAAAUUAUUCCCAAAUUGAACAAAUUGUCUCCUCAAAAUUUCCAAAUUUAAAUAAAAAUAUUAAAAACGAAAUAAUUAAUUUAAAUAAACAAACAAAAUUUAAUCGUUUACAAACAAAGAAAACAAUUCAAAAAAAGACAAUUACUUGUGUAGAAAGAAGAAAUGCUCGAGAAAGGACUAGAGGUGUUUUUAAAUAA